UCCGGACGUAACAGCUUGGGGAAGAGGAUUAGGAUUGAAUUAAAAUAUAGCCUGAUUCCAUUUUUAUUUUUUUUUUUUGGAGAUACUGAAAUCUAAUCGAUUCAGAUCUAUAUAACCUAAGUUCUUCGAUUAUAAGUUGCAUCCGUAUAAUAACUUAGCGUCAGGUACAAUGUCCGAUCAAAGGACAAAUUUCCUGAGUCCAGGCUACGGCAGAUCAAUUAGUUAUGAUUGCAAAAGAAUUAUGACUCCAGAUGAAAAAUCCGUUGGAUUUAUGGAUCCACAAGGUGGUAAUGUUGUGAACCACCACCAGAAUGGCCCUCGUAUCGUUUCUGAUGGAGCCGUUUAUUACUCCCCUCACCAUAAGAAGAAAGUUUAUCCUCAAUUCCUGGCACCAUCGGCCCAAAAUGACUUAAACGACAACUUUGAUUUUCAGGCUGUUGAGCCUAGCUUCCACAGGCAACCGAGUACUCCUCCGAUUCUUGAAACGUCUUCCACGAGUCAGUUGCAUUAUCAUGGCCAAAAUGCUUCUCAAAGUCAAUUUCAAAUACCGCAUCAACCAUCCCGUUCUAGUCCAUAUCAUUACCCAGACCAACCACCUUAUCCCAUAAACUCAUAUCUUCCAAAUGGGAGUGAUUCGAAUAUCUCCUUAAACUCAUACAACGAUGAGCCUGCUCCGAUAUUUACUGGAGAGCCCUCAACAAGACAAUAUUUUCAACCAUAUCCUCAACAUCAUCCCCGACCAUAUUCUCAACAUUAUCCACAACUUCAUCAAGAAACCAAUGGUCUCCACCAACAAGUUGAUACUCUAAGCUAUCCACUGCUUGUUGGAGGUCACAUAUCCAGGACUCAAUCCCCUCGAAUUCAGUCACCUAGACCACAGAAAAAGCCCACGGAGAACAAAAGAAAUACAAGUGGUGAUUUGAAGAAUCAAACAAGUUUCAGCUUCUCGGAUCAAAAUGAUUCAAUGCAAGAAUUUGUUGUAUCCCCUGUUAAAGAAUCAAAUGGUCUUUUGAACGAUGUUGAUAAUGAUGUGCCUAGUAUGGAUGUUUUAGGGAACCCCGAACAUCAACUGCAUAAUGCUUCACUGAAUGAUGAGAUCGAUAGGAAUACACCUUCAAAAAUUAACGUCGAGGAGGGUAGAAUUAAUAAAGUAAAUUUAGAAGAUUCUUCUAGAAAAGUCCUGCUCUCAACCGAUGAAUCCAAAUCGAAAGAAGACUAUGAUGUAAGAAGUAGCAUUAACUUUCCCAUUGAAAAUCCAGAUUUACCGUUUGUUGAUCAGAAUGCUCACAAGAGAAACGGAUCGGAAUGUUCAACUAUCUCAAAUGCUUCCACAGCUUCGACAUUGACACCUUCUAAUAAUGCUAGUAAAGACAAGCGUUUUGUGCGUUAUGCAAUGAACACUCAAUCAAGUAAAACAUCUUCCCAUGGUAAUGGCUGGGAAAUGUCCAACGUUUUGAAAUGGCUUGAUUCACACCAAUUUAAUAGUUCUUGGAAAGAUGUUUUCCGUAGAAAUGAAAUUUCUGGUAAUCGAUUUCUAGAGCUUUGCAACUACGGUACAGAUUCGAUGAUUUGGCGACAAUUUACUAAGUUUCUUCAUUUGGACAAUGAUCUUAAUACUAUAGAACGUUUCAUAGAUUUAUUGAAAACGGAAAUCAAUACUGCUGAGAACAACUUUUCAGAUGGAAGCGCAACCAAAGGGGAUGUUGUUUCUAGAGAAUCGAGUAAAUCGCUGCUGUCUCCAGUCUUUUUAAAUAGCAAGGCAAUCAAGAUUGAAAAUAGAAAAUCCAACCCUAUAUUUCAUAAGCAUAAAUCAUCCUCAUCCAUCACAUCUACAAACUCUGGUAACUUGAAUGUUCACCAGAAACAAAGGCCGUUUUCUUAUAUCGAUCCGGCCAGUAUAAAGUCUUUUGCAAAAGAUCAACCAUCACAUCACAAAUUUUUUAGAAAAAAUAGAAAUUCCUUCUCCGAUUCUUCGACCUCCAAAGAAUUAUCGUCUAACUCAAGUCUGCUUCUGCGUAGCGGCUCCGGUUCCAAUAAAAAGUCACUGGGACGAAUUUCUUCUACUUCUGCAGCAGAUGACAUAAAUAACCAAUUUAAUGCACCAUCCAAAGCUCCACUAAAAAAGACUUCAAGUUUACAAAAUGUAACGUCUUAUCCAGUCAAUAACGAUCUACAAGUGCCAGGCUCGCGUAAGAGUGGGAUAUUGAGUACUUUGAGAAAGUAUGGUGGUGACAAGGCUGCUGAGAUUGUAAAACAGGUCCACUCUUCAUCUGCUUCAACAUCCAAAAACAAUAAUAAUGUUGGUAAAGCUCAGAAAUUUAGUAGGGCUUCUACAUCAAAUUCACGUGAAAGCUCUUCGUCCUAUCGUCCGGUUUCACAACUUAUACCUAAACGUUCAUUUGAUGAGAGUAGCCAAUCACCUCGAUCAGCUACUUCUUUGACUGUUCCUCUAGAUGAGCCGAAACAUUCACCUGCCAACAGUUUCAAACUGUCACACAGGUCUAGCAUAGAUAACUCAAUUCCAGCCAAUACCCCAAUAGAAGAUGUGUACUUACCUGUUCCUAAUGGUACAGAUAAAGCUUCUACCGUGAUUCUUGUCACAAAAGAUAAUUUUCUGUUUAUGCCUCUUGCAUUAACUGAAGAAGAAAUCGUCGAUCUAAAAGUCGUUAAGGACAGGAUACUCCAAAAUCUAGGAUUAAUCGAUGUUGGGUUCAUAUCAUACCACUUAACAGAUUUUAAUGCUAGUCAUGGACAUGCUUUGAAUGAUGAUGUCCUUUUCAAGGCGCUCACUAGUGGUCAAUUCAUAAAGAUUAUAGUCCAUCAAGAGCUAGCAUCACCAUCUGUUGCUACCUUCUCCACCACAUCAUCAGACUCUAAAUCCUUUGAGAUCAGUGGAGAGAAUGAAGAAAAAAGCUACCCUGCUACUCCACAAUAUUUGUUGCAAAACUCUAAAGACUCGAAAACUGACUAUUGGAAUUUCAAAGAACAGAAUCAAAUUGAUAAACUAUCAAAAAUCCAGGAAAUUCCAUUAACUGGUUCUAGUGCGAAUGAUUCAAACCAUCCGUCAUCGAAGUAUGCUCCUUCUAAACACUUUGCCUUGAGUAUACCUUUCCCCAUUCAUAGAAGGCUGUCAGAUAAGCUAAAACCCCCACUUCCAUUAAUUAACACCACCGAGCUUUCUGAAGUGAAGUCCAUUCCUUCCCCAUCGACGGUUAGGGUUGAUACAUCAGCACAAUCGAGCAAUAACUCAUUCAAAGUGUUACGAAAGGAAGGCCGUGAAAUUGAUUUCGACAAGAGAAGAAGGUCUCCCUAUGAAACGAAGGCACCUAAAUUGAUUCCCAACAUAUACUCAUCUUCAGUGUCUAAUCAGCUAAAGUCACCUGUAUCAGCUACAACUGUGCACACACUCCGUGAUGGUUCAUUACAUUCGAUUUCUCCAUCUCUGAAAACUAAUGUCAAUUCAUUGCAAUCCAAAAGUAGGUCAAUUUCACCCAAUCCUUCUAUAUCUCCAGGAAAUGGAAACAAUGUUAGCUCAAGUACGUUGAAUUCAAUGGUUCCUGAAAAAAGUAGAACCGGAAGUAUCGUUGCUAAAAGGGCUGCUCCACCACCUCCUCAACCACAAUCGAAGAUACAAACUUUCCGAAACACGAAUAGUUUAUUGAAGAGUAAGCGAUCAGGGAAUAUGGGUGUUUCGCUGCCAGCUGGCUCCAAUAUGUCUGAAGAGUUGUCAUUCUCAAGCAGAUCAACUAGUAGCAGCGAUCACUCAUUUAACUUGAAGCGUGGGUUUAGCAUCACUAAAAGUAUGAGCUUAAGUAGAAAGUCUACCAUCGUUAAGGAUGGAAAUGCUUUCAAAGAAAAUGCUAUUUCUUUUGAUGAUGCCCCACCUUUGGAUCUUACUGAUAGUCACAAAUCUGAUCUUGAGAGUAACUCAACCUCAUAUGACGAAGAUGUAGCACCGGAUGAUGAUGAUGACGAUUUUUUUGUGAAGCCAGUGAAGAAGCCUCAUACGACCACCAAUGCUAAUGUUACAGAUGAUGAUGAUGAUGAUGAUGAUGAUGACUUUUUUGUCAAGCCAAUCAAGAACUCUUCCGAUUCGCAUGAAAAGAGUGAUUCUCCCUUGAAAACUUUGAUAGAAAAGCCAACCGAUGAAGUAAAACGUCAUUCUUUACAAGAUUCUGUUGCCAUUAAUAAAAUGAGCGUUAGACCACCAAUUGAUGAGGUUUACAACAAUCUUGAGAAGUAUUUCCCUUAUACCAAUUUAGAUAAACCAAUCAUUGACGAUUCACCAGACUCACCUGUGGGAGUUACCAAGUCCUCAACUCCACAGCCAAUUGAUACACAAGGAAAUAUUCCAUCAAGAAAGCCUGCCAUAUCUAGGACGUUUUCUAACGCAAACAUUUCACCGGUCAAAGCGGUAGACCUGGGUGAUGAAGUCUUUUAUGGUGAUAAUCAGGAACCUAAAUUGAGCCGUCGUAGAAUGAAAACAAUCCGUAUUGUUGCAAACGAAGCUCGCAGAAAAAGACUUGAACAAAGACAGCAGUCCACUAAAGGUCAAGAAAACAGCCAGGUAUCACAAGGUUCUAAUUCCAUCAUUCCUAAUCCUCAAACCACACCAAGAAACAAACAAGAUGGAAAUGAAGAAGCACUUAUGAGAUCCACCACCUCUCUGAUUGAAUCAAGUCCGCACACGUUGAGAAGAGCAAAUACAAAAUUAUGGGGUCAAAAGGUAGUUGAAGUCACUUCAACUGAGAUUGAAAAAGGUUUUGUAAGUAAGCUUCGGAAUAAUGUUAAUGGAGAGUUUGAAGAAUUUGCUUGGAUUAAGGGUGAGCUUAUUGGGAGAGGCUCAUUUGGUUCGGUUUAUUUAGCACUUAAUGUUACUACUGGGGAGAUGUUAGCCGUUAAACAAGUGGUUGUUCCCGGGUUUUCAUUAUCAGAUAGCUCAUCCAAUUCAGAAGGAAUUGACGCAUUACAUAAAGAAGUUGAAACGAUGAAAGAUUUGGAUCAUUUGAAUAUCGUACAGUAUUUGGGAUUUGAACAAAAAAACAAUAGAUAUAGUUUAUUUUUGGAAUAUGUCGCUGGAGGAUCCAUUGCAUCAUGUCUAAAAUCUUAUGGGAAAUUUGAUGAGCCAUUGAUUAAAUUCAUAACUAAGCAGGUAUUAUUAGGGCUAGCAUAUUUGCAUUCGAAUGGAAUAUUACAUCGAGAUUUGAAGGCUGAUAAUUUAUUACUUGAAAUUGAUGGGACAUGUAAAAUAUCUGAUUUUGGAAUUCUGAAAAAAUCAAAAGAUAUUUACGUGAAUAACGCUGAAAUGUCGAUGCAAGGUACGGUAUUUUGGAUGGCGCCCGAAGUCAUUGAUAACAUGGUGGAAGAUAAAAAGCAAGGUUAUAGUGCUAAGAUUGAUAUAUGGUCAUUAGGAUGUGUUGUAUUAGAGAUGUUUGCAGGUAAGAGACCAUGGUCAAAUGAAGCUGUUGUUAGUGCUAUAUACAAGAUUGGUAAGACCAAAUUGGCACCACCAAUCCCUGAAGAUAUUGAACAUUUAGUGACUGAUGAUGCUAAAGAUUUUAUCAAUAGGUGUUUUACAAUUGAUAGCGAACAAAGACCUACUGCAAAAGAAUUAUUAGAACACCCGUUCAUGAAAUUAACACCAGAGUUUUCAUUUGAAAAAACUCAACUUGGAGAAAUGAUCAAGUACAAUUCAAAAAGAAGUUUGAAAACUAAAUAGAAU